AUGGAGCUCUGGAACGGCGAUUUAUCGGAGCUGGAGGUUGGGAGUUCCGUCGAGUCGUUCCAGAGGUUUUUGGUUUCUCAGAGAGAACUUUUGCAUAGUCAGAUCGAUCAGUUUCAGGAAAUUGUUGUCACGCAAUGUAAACUCACCGGCGUCAAUCCUCUCUCUCAAGAAAUGGCUGCCGGUGCUCUGUCAAUAAAAAUUGGAAAAAGACCUAGGGAUUUAUUAAAUCCGAAGGCUGUAAAUUACAUGCAAUCCGUUUUUUCUAUUAAAGAUGCAAUUAGUAAGAAAGAAUCUCGGGAGAUCAGUGCUUUAUUUGGUGUAACAGUAACACAGGUGCGUGAUUUUUUCACUAGUCAACGUUCAAGAGUGAGAAAACUAGUUCAGUUGUCAAAGGAGAGGGCAUUAAAAUCUAAUUCUUGUGCCGAAUCUCUUGAUGUGCAAAUGAACUCUGAUCUAGUGAGAUCAAUAAACCCAGCUCCCUUAAACUCAGAUGGUGCCACCAACGUGGAAGAAGCAUCCUGUUCUACACAGGAAGCAGCUCUUUCUGACCUGGACGACUUAGAUAAACAAUUUGUUGAGAACAUUUUUGGACUAAUGCAGAAAGAGGAAACAUUUUGUGGACAGGAGAAGUUAAUGGAGUGGAUAUUGUCAAUACAGAACUUUUCUGUCUUGUUAUGGUUUUUGACCGCAGGAGGUGCAAUAACUUUAGCCAAUUGGUUGACUAAAGCUGCUGUUGAAGAGCAAACUAGUGUACUGCUUCUUAUCUUGAAGGUUCUUUGUCAUUUGCCUUUACAUAAAGCCCUUCCUGCACACAUAUCAGCUUUAUUGCAGAGUGUUAAUAGACUACGGUUCUACAGAACAUCAGACAUAUCUAACAGGGCAAGGGUUUUGUUAUCUAAGUGGAGCAAAUUGUUAACAAGGAACCAAGCCAUACAGAAACCUAAUGGUGUUAAGCCUUCUUAUGAUGGUCAAAAAGAGAGAAUACUUUCUCAAAGUAUUGGUCAAAUAAUCGGCCCUGAAUCAUGGCAUUUUGAUGUUCCUGAAGAUAUUCUUGCUCUCUCGAAUGAAUUUUCAGAUAAUUUCAGGAAACUGGGAUCUCAAUCUGUGAAAUUGUUGCUGCCCAGCUCAGAUGAUUGUAAUAAGAAACCUCCCCUUGGUGUAUCUUCAUGUCAAUCUAGAGAGCGCAGAAAAGUACAAUUGGUGGAACAGCCAGGAUCAAUAAGUAGAAGUCCACAGACGGCAAGGUCAGGGCCAGUAAGUCAAGGCCGUCCUAUGUCCGCCGAUGAUAUCCAGAAAGCAAAAAUGCGUGCGUUAUUUAUGCAGAUUUGCUCUUCUAAAGUUCCAGCGCCACUCAAAAUUGAAGUAGAGAAGAAGCCUUUGUUGUUUUCUUCUAAAACCACUAAUAGGCUGGAAGCUUCUUAUUCUAAACUGAAAACGGAUUUGAAGGAAACUCUCUCGGAGAAGUGCAAGAGGGUGAAAAUCUUCUGGAAAACACCAGCAGAAAUAAAACUUAAAGAUACAUGGAGAGUUGGUGCUGGUCAAAAUAGUAAAGAGGUUCAUAUCCAGGAAAACAGAAACCGCAGGGACAAAGAAGCUAUUUAUCAGACAGCACAAGAGAUGCCCUCUAACCCCAAGGAACCUUGGGAUAUCGAAAUGGACUAUGACGACUCUUUGACUCUGGAAAUUCCUAUUGAACAACUACCAGAUAAUGAUGAUCCAGAAAUAGUAGAUGCAUCCAAUGAAGUUGCAACUGAAACUCACGCUGCUGUUCAAGGGGUGGCCUCCUCAUCUUCAGCCAGUAAUGCAGCCACUGCUGAACCUGAUUUAGAGUUGCUGGCCGUACUGCUAAAAAAUCCAGACUUGGUAUUUGCCUUAACUUCUGGACAAAUUGGCAACAUCUCAAAUGAGGAAACCUUGAAGCUGCUUGACAUGAUCAAGAGAGGCAGCGUGAACACAGGAUUAAGUGAAAAUGCAAAUAGAAACUCUGGUACUAGUGCAAUGGCCCCUGAGAAGGUGGAAGUUUCUCUCCCAUCUCCAACCCCUUCAAGCAAUCCAAGCACGAGUGGAUGCAGCAUAGAAGCACCAAAGAAUCCAUUUACAAGGCAAAACUUAGCACCUGAUAGACGUUUCCAGAGCUCUUCUACAAUUGCUACUGCCAACUUAUCAUCUCAGAUUUCAGCAACUAGUACUACAGUAAGGCAGCAGCAUACAUUUGUUCCGUUUUCUAAGCAGCUCCCUGGCACAACAAUUUCUCCAUAUUCAAUACCUCAGGCAAAUAAUAAUACUAUUCAUGAAAAACAACCACUUCACUCUCUUUCCUCAGUCUAUGCACAAGCACCAUUCUCUGAUAGAGGUUUAGCUAUGAAGAACACAAUCACCGCCGAUGUAUCUCUAGUCGGCGCACAUACACAUGCAACGCGGGCUGAUGGAAUAAGUAACAUAAAACCAGUAGUACCUAAUUCUACUAUGCAAGAGGGUUUGCCUAAUUCAUUCCCACAAUCCUUCACGUUGAACUCACCAACAACAUCACGCUCAGCCACACAACAACAAAGAAAUACGUAUAUGAUGCCCCACCAGCCCCAUUUUCCUGAACCAUCUUAUCAUAACCCUGUCCGUCCCUAUCAACCACAGUUCGAAAAACCAGUUCCUGCAUCAGAUUACCGGAGAGUUAGGCAGGAUAUGCCACCGAGUCAUCAUUCUCAACGAAAUCAUGACAACUAUAACACAUUGGUUGGGGGAUCCAUGCCAUCUGGUUCUUGGGAUAGAAACAAUCAUGAAAGAGGGGGAUUUGAAACAUGGAGUCCGGAUAAUAGUCCAACUAGGAAUCCUAGGUAUGUUCCAGGUAGGAAUCUCCCAGAUUCCAGAACGAAUCAUGUAAGAAAUAAUAGACCUGAAUGGUCAAGGCAGCGGGGUUCUUCUGGACAUUGGAACCCUGGUAGGCAUGAGAACAGAAAGUGGAAUGAUCAGAGACGAUAA